GUGUGUGUGUGUGUGUGUGUGUGUGUGUGUGUGUGUGUGUGUGUGUGUGUGUGUGUGUGUGAAGGCUCUAUACAGCUUGGGGGUUUUCUUGCCUCUUCUCUACUCCAAACUUCUAUUUAUUACAAAUUGAAUAAUUUAUGAGAACACUUUCGAAGUUUUGGUGACAGCAUGUCAAGUCAUUUUGUAAAUAUGUUAUUCCUGUUGUCAUACAAGCUCAAGAUUUUGGUUUUUCUUUGAAUGUUAAAGUGUCAAUCCUAGAAGAUUAAGUCUUCACUUUGAGAUUUAUGACAGAGAUAGACUAGCUCUAUAACCCAGUUUCCAAUCUUCAUGCUAAGCUAAGCUAAUCAGCUGCCGCAUGUUGCUUCAUAUUUACUGUACAGACAAGAGACUGGUGUCAAUAAUCUCAUUGAACUCUCGUCAAAAAGGUGUUUUGUUUGAAACUCAUACAAAAACUGUCGGUCUCGGAUGGUACACUCUUGGUAGCUUUAGCAAAACCUCUGUACAUGUUUAAUGCAGUGCCAUUAUAAGUCGUAAUUACAACUCUGUUCUUGGUGUUGGACUCAAUUAGGGCUAGGCAAUAUAUCGAUUUAAUUUAUGAUGUAAGACUGGAUAAUGUCUGACAUUUUGGGUAUCGUUAUAUCGAGUAAGUGUCGGUGCAUUACAUUAAAAUCAUUACAUUUUCUGAGACCACCAGACUAUUAUUUCCCUUUACCUGCUUAGUUAUUAUAUCCACAUAACUAAUGAUUAUUUAUCAAAAUGUGCACUGUGUAAAUACUUCAUGAAAGCACCAAUGGCCAACCCUUCGAUAUUGUUGCAACAUCAAUAUCGAGGUUUUUUUGUGACAUUUGGUUCCCUCAUACUACCAGCACUUGACUCAAUUUUCCCUCUGUGUUGUCUUUUUGGAUUUCAGAAGAAUAACAAACCUGUGUACAGUAUAUCUUUGUGUUUGUAUUCGGAGCUCAGCUUGCCUCCGUAACCUCUCCCGCUCAUCCUGCCAUCCUCUCUGGAUGUUUGCCGCGAUUACUCUCUCCCCUGUGUCGAGUGCCAUCAGCAUCACAUGAAAUCCUUUCAGCGGGUCAUUAUGCCGCGAUGCUGCUAAUGAUGUUGGUAGUUGGUGUGUUACUUAGUUUUGCAGCUCCUGAGUUAAUCAAUACUGCACAGAGAAGCAUCUAAACCCACACACUGACAGAAUAGCACUCUAGACUGUUGAUUUCUUUCUAUGGGGUGGUUGAGUCAUACUGUACAUGUCGUUUGGCUGCUGCAGGUUUGCUACCUUGUUAAUCUGAAGGCAUUCAAGGCAGAACGAGCGUCUUCUUCUUCUGCUGCUGCGGGAUGAGUCAGCCGCUCGGGUCCCCCCGCUGUAAUGCUGAGGUCUGGGCCUCAUAUAAGGGCUUUUCCUGAGAGCUUAUCUAUCUGCAACGUAGAUGAUAUCAGCGAGGCAGAAAGGGAGAAACAGAAAAAAGAAGAUGAAGGAGAAAUGAUGAUCUUAAGUGGAGGCUUCACACCCAAUCUGUUUCCUUUUCCUCUCUAAUUCAGUGAUGACUUCUCUCCGUUUCUCGUAUUUGGCUAAAUUGCAACUACUCUCCCCCCUAAAAGAGGCUUCCUGCUUUUCCCCUCAUCUUCAUUCAACAACUUGAAUGUCCUCCUCCUACUACCUCCCCUUCCUCUUCUUUUCAAUGCUCUCAAAUGUCAGCAUGGCACGAGUGGGUGGCAGGCAGUGGCAUCUGAACGAGCCCCGUCUCUGGUUUUGCUGCAGUGUGAGGCUCUGGCUGAAGGAAGAAGAAGCAGGGAGUGAAUGAGCGAGGCAGUGAGAGUAGUUGUGCGUUGGCGGGUCGACAGCGGACACCUGACGUGGCCCGAGAUGUGUCGCUAGCAGCUGUCCUUUUUUGGACUUUUCUCGUAGAGGAGGGUCAACACAGGUAGAGCACUCAGUAACUCCGCAGGCUGCACUUAGCUGGUCUCCUUUGGGAAAGUAACACACACGGCAGCUCCCUGUGGUCAACCCCUAUAAACACAUGAGAGGGAAGGAACACAGAGAAACCAUGAAAAAGAUAUACAUUGGCAAAACCGCCUUAAAAGUCCCCCGAAAUGGCGGCAAACAUCCAAAAAAGAGCUCAAUGCUGGAGCAGAAGGAGGACUUGAGGAAGCGGCUGUCGUACACGACACACAAGCUGGAGCUGCUGCAGGGCGAGUUCGACUCCACCCGGCAGUACCUGGAGACGGAGCUGCGGCGGGCCCAGGAGGAGCUGGACAAGUUCACUGAUAAACUGCGCAGAAUACAAAGCAGCUACUCAGCACUGCAGAGGAUCAACCAAGACCUGGAGGAAAAGAUCCACAGAAAUUCCCAGCAUCAUGACGAUGAGAAGCGAGCGCUCAGCAGAGAGAUCAUCGUCCUCAACAACCACCUGAUAGAGGCCAAGCUCACCAUCGAGAAGCUGCAGGAAGACAAUGACAUGCACAGGAAGGACUGUAACCUGGCCGCUCAGCUUCUGCAGUGCAACAAAUCUCUGUACAGGGCGCAGCUCUCUGAGCUGCCGGCUGACUUCCAGGAGCGCCUCACCAUGCACCUGGAGGAGUCUCCUCUCUGCCGCACCUACUCUGACUCCGUCGCGGCCUCUCUGAUCGGCAAGGUGCUCGAGAAGCCGGACGAGGCCUGCAGCAGCAGCCAGGCCUCCCGCUCCCCCAGCCCCCAGACUCAGGAACACACUUUCGUUUUGGAGAGUUUGGGACCCGGAGAGCGGCUCAGGCUCCGCGCGGCCUACAAGUCGGACCUGUACAGCAGCGACACGGCGCUGUACUGCCCUGAAGACCGGCAGCGCGAGAGGAGGCCCAGCAUGGACGUCCAUGGUGAGAGGGCGCUGCUCUACGGGCCCCAAAUCUCCACCGACAGCAACCCGGAGGAGGGCUCAGUGGGUCUGAGGGCUGGCUUCACCCAGGAGCACUUCGCUAAGUUCCCCGCCCCGCUGAGGGCAGGCUCCAGCUCCUACUCCAGCUUCAGCGGGGGGGGCUCUGAAGACAAAGGCAACGGGCCGCCCAGCAGCGCAGCGUCCUCCCCCAGACACCACUCCCUCUUCAUGGAGUGGAGGGAUGCAGGGGACUAUGAGAGAAAGAGUGACUCUUCCUGGGAGAGGGACAGUCCGAGGGGCUUCCCCAGCACUCACCCCUUCCAGCAGGCGGAGCUGAGCCACCACCAGAACGGCAGCUCGCCCGUCUACAGCCGCACCAUGUCCUCCUGCUUCAGCGAGCCCUACGAGCCGCUGCCGCCCUCUUCGUCCCCGAGCGUGGCCUACGGAGACAGUCGACGUGGCAGCACAUUGGCCCCCGAGGAAGAGGAGCUGAUUGGGCGAUGGAGACAGCUGAGCGUAGAGGACCUGAGCGCCCAAAGCUACCGCAGCCCAGGCCGGGCUUCACCCUACAGCUUCUCAGAGCAGCACUUCUCCGUCAGGCCGUCUAAGAUCCGCCUCGGCCCGCUCUACAGCAGCUUCCAGGAGGGGGGUGACUUUUACCCUCAAGAGGGCAUGGACCCUGUGUGGGUAGCUGCCAUCCCCAGCCCAGAGUGCAGCCCGGGGCCGAGCCAAGCCCACCUGUACAGGGCGGAGGACAGCCAGGGGUCGGAGCACAGCCUCUACCACUCAGGGAGCUCCAAGGACAGGGAUGGGAACGUGGCAGCGGGCGGCCAGAGCGCAGACUAUGUGGACCCCAGCCCCAACAGCUCCACCGAGUCCCUGAACCAGAGGACCCUGGAGAUGGCCACAGAGCUGCAGCACUACCAGGUGGAGAUGCACAGCCUGCCUGCACAGGGCAGCGGGUCACCACCGGCAGGCCCACCUCCUCCACCUCCCUACAACCAAACAUUUGGCUCCCUAGGACUUUCCAGGAAAGACAGUCUGACCAAGGCGCAGCUCUAUGGGACACUUCUGAACUGAAGGACUGAACAAUCAGGUUUAUUCUUUCAUCAGACGACGCCCUGGUGUGUCCCGCUACACCUUCUGUUAGCACCACCAUUUGGUAGAAAAUGGUUUGAAUAGCAGCCAGGGGAAUCACUCAGCAUCAUGAACAUGUAUCUGUUGCUGAUUAUUGAAAAGCUUUGAACGUACGGCAGUGAGUGGCAACAGUUUACACUACGAGAAAGUCACGAUGAUAGUUGGAUGUGGGGCAAAAAGGAGGCGAGGGUCUCAAGCUGAAAGGCCCCUUACAAUUUAUAAGAAUGUGUAUGUAUUUAAAUUACAAAUGUAUAAAUAUAAACUAAUAUCUACAAAUUCAGUGAUAUAUUUUGUAUGUAGCUGUUGGCAAGAAAUACAUCUAAAACAAUCGGAUAACAAUUCAAAUCUUAAAUAAACCUGGAACUUGUAUAUAAAUGAUAAAACUGUCGAUUCGAACACUGAGAGUGGAGUUAUAAUUUAGAUGUGACGCCCGUAUAAAGUGCACAUCAAUCCAGUCAUUAUUUUUAAUGGACAGUGUUGGCCCUGUGAGGAUUUAAAUGUGAAUGUUGAACAAAGGGAGAUGACAAAAGUCAAUUAAUCACUUAAAUGAGAAACAUACAUUUCGUUUUUCUUCUGUUCAUUGAAUUUGACAGUAUCGGUGGGUGUGCUAAUUGUAUUGAUGGAACGUUUUGAGAUCUGUUUUAGCAGUCAGUAUUUUUUACAUUUUUGCUCUUCUAUAUCCCACAGAGAGGUCCUGCCCCCAUUCUACCUCAGAUUUGGAUGCCCACACCCCAUCAAGCCACUGUAACCCUGUUCCUUUGACGGCAAUGCAUGUUUAUAUAUUUUUGGUUGUUUUGUUCGCCUAAUAAAGCACACAUUAUACAUA